AUGUCUGUACCGCGUGAGAAGGAUAAAUCAAAGGUCAGACUAAGAAGUAUACUAGGUCGUUUUUUUAAUUCAAAUAAUGAGGUUAGUUCUUCCUCAUCAUCAUAUUAUUCUGGUCCAGGAGAAAUCAGUUCGCCCUAUAAUACCGUUCACCGAAUACAUGUUGGCUACGAUGGUAAGAAAUUUACGGGCUUGCCGCAACCUUGGAUGGACACAUUGCUUCGUGAUAUUAGUGAAGCCGACCAGAAGAAGAACCCUUCAGCAGUUGUUUCUGCGUUGAAAUUUUAUGCAAAAACUAUUAUGGCACAGGAAGCUGAUAAGCAAAAGUUUAUGAUUACUAAUUCUCAGUUACCGUUUGAUGAUGAAAAUGAUGAAGAGCCUAUAGCAACUACCCAGCCAAUUGCAAAAACGGAUGAUAUGAGCAGUGGGAAAGAGUCUCAAAAUAUGGAAAAUAAUAGUUCAACAGAGAUCUCGACGAUAAUUUCAUCCAUUGCGGCUAGUGGAUAUCGGGCUGUGGCACCUCCAAUAAUACCACCUCGACAUUCACAGCAUCCUGGUGCACCACAAUUACCACCAUUACGAAGUUCUAAUAGUGCUACAAUAAUCAGUGAAGGAACUGUUGAAAUUUCCUCGAACGAAGUAUUUACCAAACCGGCAGUAAAAAGUAGUGCUCGGAAAAUACCACCUCCACUACCACCGAAACCAGCGGGCAAUAAUAUAUUACAUUUAAUUUUGCAAGAAAAAGAUCGCAUGCUUGUGUUUAGAAUCCUUGCCCGUUCAUAUAUCCUCUACAGAACUAGUGUUGUUUAUGCCCGUGACGUAUCACCGUUCAGAUAA